CCUCCCAUGGUGCCCCGCGGCGGCUGAAUGGGGCAGAGCCAAGAUGGCGGCGGGCGCGGCGCCGGCGGGCGGCGGGUCCCUGUUCGAGUGCCCGAGCUGGGCAGGGAAACCACCACCUGGCUUACAUCUGGAUGUAGUCAAAGGAGACAAACUCAUUGAGAAACUCAUCAUUGAUGAGAAGAAAUACUAUCUCUUUGGGAGAAACCCUGAUCUGUGUGAUUUUACCAUUGACCACCAGUCUUGCUCUCGGGUCCAUGCUGCCUUGGUCUAUCACAAACAUCUCAAGAGGGUUUUCCUCAUAGAUCUGAACAGCACACAUGGCACGUUCUUGGGCCAUAUCCGUUUGGAAGCUCACAAGCCCCAGCAGAUCCCCAUUGACUCCACGGUUUCCUUCGGAGCCUCCACCCGGGCGUACACUCUGCGAGAGAAGCCGCAGACGCUGCCCUCAGCAGUGAAAGGGGACGAGAAGAUGGGUGGUGAGGAUGAGGAGCUGAAGGGUUUGCUGGGACUGCCAGAGGAGGAGACAGAACUGGAUAAUCUGACAGAGUUUAAUACAGCCCACAACAAAAGGAUCUCCACACUGACCAUUGAGGAAGGAAACUUGGACAUCCAGAGGCCAAAGCGAAAACGGAAGAACUCCAGAGUGACGUUCAGUGAUGAUGAUGAGAUCAUCAAUCCGGAGGAUGUGGACCCGUCUGUGGGGCGCUUCCGGAACAUGGUACAGACAGCAGUGGUCCCUGUUAAGAAGAAGCGCCUGGAGAACGCGGGCUCGCUGACCACGGACGAGUCAGCGUCGCGGCGCAUGCAGAGCUUCCCCUACAGCGGAGGGUUGUACGGGGGGCUGCCCCCCACCCACAAUGAGGCGGGGUCGCAGUCCCACAGCGUCCACGGCACCGCGCUCAUCGGGGGGCUGCCCAUGCCCUACCCCAACCUCGCCCCCGAUGUGGACUUGACUCCAGUUGUGCCCUCCACAGUGAACAUGAACCCCGCUCCAAACCCCACUGUCUUCAACCCUGAAGCUGUGAAUGAACCCAAGAAGAAGAAAUACGCCAAGGAGGCCUGGCCGGGCAAGAAGCCGACCCCGUCCCUGCUGAUCUGAGCUGGGCUGAGGGAGGGUAGGAGUUACCAACUCCAGAAACUUUUCAUGUGCGGUAUCGUCUUUUUAAAAUUUCAGUGUCCUAACAGAUGUAAUACCAAGAUUGGAGGAGUGAACUAUCCUUUAAAGAUCUGUCUUCAAAUGUUUUUAUAUGUCUGUUAUAAAAAAAAAAAAUACAGCUCCCAUCUCCUUUUGAACCAAAACCCCUACAGCCUUUUCUUAGCCACCACUGUCCCAGAGGUCUCUGUGCUGAGUUUGGAUCCACAAGUCAAAGGGGCAGUCACACAAUUUCAUUGUCACUUAUGACAUGACCCUGCAGGUCCGUGUAUUUCAGUGCUGGGCUCACUGUGGUGACACUGCUCCUGCUGGACAUUCUCACAGCAGGGCAGCUCUGUCAAGAGGAAAUGUUUGUGGGGCCAAGCCUUGAAGAAUCCCAUUGGAAGGAGUUGUAAAACUUGCAGAAUAUAGGUCAGCUUUUAUUUUUUAUAUUUUAAAACCCCACCAAUGUGGGGCAUUGUCUUUUUUAUUAUUACUAUUAGUUCAGCUACAGCUCGUUUUGAUUUCCACAUAAAACACUAGAUCAUCCCAUGAGUUGAGAUGGAUAAGCAGGGAAGCAGGUGGGUUCCUUAGCUUUGUUCCAGUGCUGCAGAAUGGGGUCUGUGGGAUGGAUACAGGGUGCAAACGGUCGGGGUGUCCGACAGGAUCAGGCACCAUCUGCACUGUGCCAUGGUGACUCCCCUGGAUAACUCAGGGUGAAGUUAACACAGUGGAGUUUCUUUUAGACUUGAUGGCCCCUGUCACUUAAAUAGUUUCAUUUUUAUUUGCAAAUGGAACUUUAGAGUAUAUGAGAUUCAUCAAGACAAAAAGCUGGGAAGACUGGUGUGUUCCCCACACACUAAUAUUUUGGCUGCUGGGAACUGCAGGUGAGAAUUGAGUGCUACUGAGAGCCAGAAUAGGAAUUCUCAGUGGACUUGGGUUGUUGCUCAAGCCCUUUAUUUCCUUGGGUUUAGAUUUGAAAAUUAUUCACAUACUCAGAUAUAUUGUGGCUAUACUUUAUGCAAGGUAAGGCCAGAGUUUUAUUAUUCUUAAGUUUACUCUGGAUUUUUGUACACACUCUAAUGCAGUUCACAUUCCUUUGCUGUUUGGGGGAUCCAGGAAACGUGCACCAAAAUGAGAGCAUGUACCUGGCUGUUCACUGUGUGCAGGACUGCAGCUGUUUGGGGAGGUAGUGCCAGGUUGCUGGAUCAGUGCUGUGUUCAGUGUGCUGGGGUGCUGGAUGGUGCUGGAUUCAGUGCUGUGUUCAGUGAGCUGGGGUGCUGGAUGGUGCUGGAUCAGUGCUGUGUUCAGUGAGCUGGAUGCUGGAUGGUGCUGGAUCAGUGCUGUGUUCAGUGAGCUGGGGUGCUGGAUGGUGCUGGAUCAGUGCUGUGUUCAGUGAGAUAGGAUGCUGGAUGCACCAGACCCGUUUCAGACAGAUGCCCCAAAAUCUGUGAGUUCUGCUCCGCAGUGAUUGCUUCUAUCAAGUCCCCGAGGUGCCAGCAGGCAGCUGCCCAGCUCACAAGAGCCAUGGCUUUAGAGACUGCUCUGUUCCCUCCCCACACCAUCACAUCCAGCUCAGACUAUUCCUUGUGUGGAUUCAGCACCUGCUCCAUGAUCCAGCUGUGCUGCUCUGUGUUUAAGUUGCCAUUGAUGAUUCAGCUGUUGGGCAUUUGUUCUGCUUCCCAGUGCUCCCACAAUGACACAGAAUCUUCCUCUCUUUAGUCUGGCCUGUACGAUUUUCAUUUCCCAGCCAGUUGCUUUCUGAAGGCAACUCUUUAGAGUGAGACUAGUCAGGACAAACAAAAGUUGAGCAGGUUUUUCCUUCUUUUUCUUUUGGGUUUUAUUUUGGGGGGAAGAGGGUUGGGGGUUUUUUGGGAUUUUUUUUUUUUUUUUUGCAAGUGGCUCUUUGCAAGAUUUUUCUUGACAAGGAAACUUCACUGCUCAUUUUUUUAAAGCUCUUCUCCUCUCAGACUCUGAACCAGCUCUUAUUAUUUCAGAGCUUAGAGGCCACAGCUGGCCAUGAGGGGACAGGAACAUCGAGGAGCUUUGUACAGACAUUUGUACACUUGUGUAAUAUGUAAUAGGCCUUUUCACACUUCUGUUGAGCUUUUUACCUGUAACCUUUACUAUGUUGUAAAUUAAAUGCAGAUUUUGCCAGG